CCCACCCCCAGCAAACAAUAGGAAUAGCCUGGUGUAAGUGACUCACGACACCUCCUAUAUCUUCCCUCACCUUUGCACCUUUCUUUUUCUUCACGUUGUAUUUUUAUAAUAUCUCUUCAUCAUUAAUAUUUACCUCAAUUGCAAUGACUACCCGUCAAAACAUCAGCUCUGGCUCUGCCUUUGAAGAGCUCAUCGGAUACUCCAGAGCUGUCGUGACCGGCGAUUGGGUUUUUGUCAGCGGCACGACUGGGUAUGAUUAUAAGACUGGAGAGAUAUCGUCAGAUGUUGCCGAGCAGGCCGACCAAACCAUGACCAACAUCGCUGCUGCAUUGAAAGAUGCCGGUGCUUCGGUUUCCGAUGUCGUUCGUGUCCACUAUAUCCUCCCUGACCGCGAUGAUUUCCCAAAGACCUGGCCAGUGUUGAAGAAAUGGUUUGGCGAUGUUCGUCCUGCUGCAACCAUGGUCCAGUCCUCGUUGAUGAAGGAGGAGAUGAAGAUUGAGAUUGAAGUUACUGCCAGAACUGGCUGUGGGAAUAAGAAGGAUUAGAUGCUUUACUCAGGUGCUUUUGGGGACCCCAUGGUCAGGAAUAGAUAGCC